UGGAGCACACAGUUAAUCAUUAAUCUCAUCAUUCUCAGGACUCCCUUUAGAGAUAAACACUGGGCUGGUUCAACAGGCAUCCAUAGAUCCUGAACCAAAGUUCAGUUUCACAGGCAGUCUGUCAGCAAGUGUACUACUGCCAUUACGAUCUGUUUUUUCUUAUUUAUGUAGGUGUACAAGUCAUGGCAGACUAUGGAUACUACCGGGGUGCUAUAUUCUUGGCCAUGUUUGUUGGCUACACACUGUACUACUUCAACAGGAAGACAUUCUCUUUUGUUAUGCCUUCUGUCAUGGAGGAAAUUAAGAUGGACAAAGAUGACUUGGGCUUGAUCACUAGUAGCCAGUCCUUGGCGUAUGCCAUUAGUAAGUUCAUCAGCGGAGUGCUGUCAGACCAGCUCAGUGCUCGAUGGCUCUUUUCCAUUGGCCUGUUCUUUGUGGGAGGCAUCAACGUGGUCUUCUCCUGGUCCUCCACUGUAGCUGCCUUCUCCGUGCUUUGGUUCCUCAACGGCCUGGGACAGGGCCUGGGCUGGCCCCCCUGUGGGCGGGUGCUACGGAAGUGGUUUGAGCCCUCUCAGUUUGGCACAUGGUGGGCAAUCCUAUCCUGCAGUAUGAACCUGGCUGGGAGUGUGGGUCCGAUCGUCGCCUCUGUGCUGGCUCAGAGCUGUAGCUGGAGGACCAUCCUGUCUGUGUCUGGGAUCACCUGUAUGCUUGUGUCUUUCAUCUGUCUGUUGGUCAUCAAGAACGAACCUAAAGACGUGGGGCUGCCCAACAUUGAAGUGGCCACCAAGAAAAGCAAAGGAGGACCUUCGACUGAAAGCUCACUGUCAGAAUUCCUGCUCUCUCCGUACCUGUGGCUGCUGUCUGUGUCCUACCUGGUGGUGUUUGGAGUCAAAACUGCAUGUAGUGACUGGGGCCAGCUGUUUCUGAUCCAAGACAAGGGACAGUCAACAAUCAUGGGUAGCUCUUACAUCAGUGCUCUGGAGGUUGGAGGCCUUUUGGGCAGUAUUGCUGCAGGCUACUUCUCUGACAAAGCUGUGGCUAAACAAGGAAUGAAGAUCUAUGGCAAUCCCCGCCACUUCAUCCUCCUCAUAAUGAUGAUGGGAAUGUAUGUGUCCAUGUUUCUUUUCAGGGUCACAGUCACCUCUGACACCUCCAAGAUGUGGAUUCUGACUCUUGGAGCAGUUUUUGGGUUUUCCUCCUAUGGACCAAUUUCUUUGUUUGGUGUUAUUGCCAAUGAAAGUGCCCCUUCCAAUUACUGUGGUACAUCGCAUGCUAUUGUCUCCCUCAUGGCCAAUAUUGGGGGCUUCCUUUCCGGUCUACCCUUUAGCACCAUUGCCAAGCACCAUGGCUGGGAGACUGCAUUCUGGGUGGCGGAGGUCACCAUUGGGCUCUGUACUGUGGGAUACUUCCUACUACGCAAUAUUCAAACCAAGAUGGGUGCUUUACCAAAGAAAGAAGACUAAGGCAUUACUCUAAUACCUGCAAAAAGACGAAAGGCAUAUUGUCAUAGUGUUUUAUAUUUUUGUACUAGUAUUAUUUUCUCAAGACAGAGGUAGAAGUGUAGAAAACAUUCAGGAAUACUUUUAUACUGUAACCAUGGUGCUUCUCUACAUUCCCCCAAAAAAUCAUGGUUUUGUCAAUGAUUAAUUUGUGCUUUGUGAGUAAAUGAGUAGAGAUUAGCAAAUUUAGACAGUUGGGAAGAUGAUUACACUGGGUUACAAAAAAAACAUUUUUGAAAGUUGUCUGUGUUUUUUCAACUGAAUUAGGACCAUUUAGCACCACUGAAUCCAAAAAUGAUAUCCAUUUUUCUCAGUCAGGUCAGGUUUUUAUGCUAAUUUGAUUUUGAAAAAUCCGAUCUUCUGACUAAAUUGAUUACAGUUUUGUGACAUUAUCAGUUGAUUUUCUUUAAUAUUUCUCAUCCAAAAAAUGUUUUAGGAGAUAAAAAAUAGUUUUCUAACAGAAUGUAUUAAUUAAAUGUUAUGUUAUGUUAAUUGAUAAAGGUAAGUACAUGUAAAUUGGAACGUUACGUUAUCAUUGUGCAAAAUUCAGGACAUGAACGUCUGUUUUUAUGAACCCCUUGAAUGCUCAGCAGCAGGGAUGUCUCUCUUCAAGUCCAACAGUAAUCAGCCAUCAUGACUGCAUCCCAGCGUCCCUGAUACCUGGUCUCCAUCUCUUUUAUGUCCUGAUGGAAUCUCCACCUGCUCAUCACUCAGUGAUCCCAGAUUCUCAGGAAACCUGAACAUUUAGCUCCUUUUGGGAAAAAGGAUGUGGAGCAUCAUCAUUAAAACCACACUGGAGGAAUCUUUGUCACUGAUGUCAGGAACUUCUACAAAGACAGGUACUGGAAUUUCAUCACAGUGAGCUACAGAACGACGUGCUGAUUCACGGUCAGGAUACUUGAGGCUGCUUCGGUUCUUUCUGUUGAUCCCAGUCACAUCAAUAGCCCAGAAGGAGCUAUUGAUGUCGGCUCCCUCCAAACCAUGGGAAUUCCAAACUUCAGACAACUCUUCUUGCCUUUAGUCCACUGAUGCAGAUACUCGGUGCAUGACUUGCAUGCCAUGUGUGGCGCCCAAGCUUCAUCUUGGUCACCAAGUUUAAUACCAAAAUAAGCAUGGUAAGCACGCUUUAUGAAACUUGUGACUUGAUUCCUGUUAGGAACACUGGUGUAUUCACCGCAGAUGUAGCAGAAUAUGUCAGGCUUAUUUUUGCAAGAUCUUCUAGUCGAAGCCAUUUCAUUCACUUGUAAUAUAAAAAAAAAACAAAUAGUCAUAAGUUGGCACAUGCAAAAUCUUCAGAAUUUGUUUAUAGCGAGAAAUAUAACAGAAUUUUGCAUCAUAUGACGUGAAAAUACUCAUACAUGUAAACAAAAUCGUCAAAAACCAAAUGUGUAGCUUAGUUCAGAAAGUUGACCUGAUUGAGCAAAACCAAUGUGAUUUUUGGAUUCAGCACAUCAAAAUUAUCCUAAAUCAGCUAAAAAAUCCUAGACAAUAAAUGUAGUGUUGACCAGUGUUAUAGAUCUGAGUAUACUUCAUGUGAUGACACAAUAUUAUUAAAAAUGAAGUCUUAAUAACUUGUUUACAUAAAUAUUUCAUGUUUAUAAUAAUAAAAAAGUUGAAUCUUUAUUUUGUGAACGAAUAAUGAGAACUAAAUUUGGAACCACAGAAAAUAAAAUCAUCACACAUCUUGAUAGAAAAGGUUUCAAAAGUCUUAAAGUUGAAAUGUUUUGACAGGCAUCCAGCAAUGCUUUGGACCACACCUGGAAAUGAGGGAUUACAAAGACUACUUCCACAUGUAUUUUAAUCAUAAUUCUUAGGGUUAGGAUUAGAAAACCGGUUUAAAAAAUAUUUAUGACAAAAUAAAUGGUUUAGUGUGUUUAUUAAACAUAUAUAAAACAUUUUGU